CCCACUGGCGGUAUCUGGCAUUUUCCUCGAAGAGGCUUUAAGAGAGAAAGAUUCAGUCGUCUGCUGUCUGUUGUUUACCGAUGAUGGAAAAGACAUACACGUGUGAAGAGCGUCUUACAGAUGGAGCCGAGGACGAUGCCAGCCGGGAGCCAACUUCCGAACGCCGGAAGAGGCUGCUCUUGCAAGCGGGAUUGGCAAGUCUGGCCGGCUUGGGGAACUUCACCAUGGGCGCGUCACAGCCUUGGCCUUCCCCCGGGCUGGCAGACAUGGAUGUCAACAACAGGACGCUCGUUGGCACGGAAAUCUCGCUCAGCCUCGCCCAGAAGGAUAUGACAGGAAGUCUCAUGUAUUUCGGUUCUCUGUUCGGAUCGUGGGCGUCAGGCUGGAUCAUGGGCGUGAUUGGGCGUCGACGUGCCCAUCAGAUCAACGCCCUUCCCUUCUUCGUGGGUUGGAUCCUCGUGGCUUUUGCUCCUUACGCCGAGGUGCUCCUGGCCGGGAGGUUCGUGCUGGGCCUGGCGGUGGGCUCCGUCAUGGUCACCGGGAUGUCCUACGUUCUGGAAAUAGCCGACACGAGCGUCCGGGGCAUGUUGUCCCUCAUACCCAACCUGGGCACGGUGCUGGGCGGGCAGUACACUUUCUGGCUGGGCACUGUGUUACAAUGGCACCACCUGGCGAUCGUGUGUUCGCUGCCUCUCUACCUUAUCCUCUUGGGCUCCCUUCUGCUGCCGGAGUCCCCGUCCUACCUGGUCGUUUGCGGGCGGCACGGGGAAGCCUCGCGUAUCCUGCGGCGCUUGCGGGGCCCUCACAGCAACGUCCAGGCGGAGAUCGAGGAGCUCGAGAGACGCAACAGCGCCGAGACGGGGAGGAAGAUCGGCCUGAGGGACCUGGCCAAGGGGCAGGUGUGGCGCCGCAUGCUGGUGGUGGUGAUAAGCUUCCUCCUGCAGCAGCUGUGCGGAAACGUCGUGCUCAAGAUCCAGACGACGCGCGUCCUCCAGGCUGCCGGACCGCCGCCCCUCGACCCCAAACUCGCGUCGGGGAUCAUCGUCAUCAUGAGGAUCGCCGGCGUGCUCGUCUCCUUCUUCCUCUGGGACUCCAUCGGGCGGCGUCUGUGCCUCGUGAUCUCGCACGCCAUGAACGCUGCGGCGCUCCUCUUCCUCGGCACCUUCGUGUACCUGGUGGACAACGCGGACCCGGGGGACGACACCUACCUCAGUUACAAUUGGAUACCGAUGGUGUGCUUGGCCAUAGCGCUCUUUGCUGGGGACAUUGGCAUCGACCCAAUCCCGUACAUUCUCUCCGCUGAAUAUUUCCCUACCAAGAUCCGAACUCAGGUCUCGUCCAUGUGCAUCGUCAGCGGAACCAUCUUCGCCAAAUUUUUUUUUGGGGGGGGGGGGGCUCUGCAACUGUACAGCCCCAUGAUCGCCCUCCUGACGCAGCCGGGUCUAUACUGGUUCUAUGGAGGCACCAGCGUCGUUGCCACUUUGUUCUCCCUCGUCGCUGUGACGGAGACGAAGGCGCAGCCGGUAGGGUGAAGGACGAGACUCCAGAAGGGGGGGGGAGGAGGAAUGAGCGAGGCGCGUCUGAUGGGAAGGGGGCAGGCAGCGAUGAAUUCUGAUUUUUAUUUCUUAUUUAUUUUUUAUUAUUUUAUUUCUUAUUUAUUUAUUUUUUUCAUUGACAUUCCAUUCAUCAUUCGUAUCACGUCAGAUUACUUCUGGAAGGUUAAUAAAUCUUCUUACAACUUGCAUCCAGCUUUCAUAUAGAAUAGACUUUCACGAAUCACGUGUACCAUAUACCAAAUGACAAUAUACCUUUACAUAGAUUUAAACUGUAUACCAUCUGUAUCUUUUGGCACAAUGGCUGAAAUAUGGGUACACAUUUGUAGUGACUGAAAGAAAUAGAACCAAAUGCUGUAAGUAUAUUAGCAAAAGUAUAGCUCGAAAUUUUAUGAACUUCCUGGACAAUUUAACAGGUUAGUAUGGGAUAAUUAAUUAAUUUGUGUCCGUUCUUACUUAGAAAAAAGUAUUAAAUGAUUAUUAAGGAAUUAGUAUGCCUUGACUGCUCAGACGGUAGUAUUGGCAGGGAAAAUUCAGUAUUAACGUGAGGUGUGUUUGUUGGUCUCAUGUAAACCAUUGUAUUAUAUUUUUAUUGAGGGUAUUAGGUCUUAUUAUGUGAUCUUGUUUAAAGAAAAUAAAUUUUUUGAAGCAUUA